GAGGUCUGCGGCGGUAAUCCUCCUAAAUCCCGGUCAGCAGAGGCGGAGCAAGCGGCGCUUUGCAGUUUCCUCCCAGAUCGGUUUCACCGUGGCGGGUCGCGGAGAGUGCACGGACUUUCCCGUUUAAAAGAAACAAACCAAAAACACGAUGUAUAUCCUGGUGUUUUCUGUAGAGUAGCUGCCUGUGGAGACGGUGCGCUCAGGAGGGGGAGCAAAUGCGCCUCUUGCCAUGACUGCUGCCGGGGAGCAGAGCUUUCAGGUGGCGUUGAUCUUGUUGUGCGUCGCCCAGCUGACCGCAGGUCUGAAGUGUGUGUGCCCGCUGUGCGCCAACUAUACCUGUGAGACGGCCGCAGACGGAGCCUGCUGGAACUCUGUGAUGCUGAUUGAUGGGAAGGAGGAGACGGUCAAAUCCUGCAUCUCCCCCUCCCAGAUGAAGGGUCAACUUUUCUGCUACAGCUCCAAAAACGUUUCCAAGAGGAACUGUUGCUUCACCGACUUCUGCAACAAUGAGACCCUGCACCUGCACCGAGAGAGGCCUUCAGAGGAGCCGGGCUGGAGCAGACUGCAGCUCACAGUGGUGAUCCUGGUGCCCUCCUGCUUGCUGUGUGUGGGGAUCCUGCUGGGGGUGUGUGUCGUGCAGGGACACCAUUGUGCCUGUGGCCGAGCCCAUAAGCAAGACCCCGAGGAGCCCCUGGAUGAUCAGAUGCUCAUGUCUCCUGAUAAAUGCCUCAAAGAGCUGAUUUUUGACAUGAGCACAUCUGGCUCAGGGUCAGGUCUACCACUGCUGGUCCAGAGGACUAUUGCUCGGACCAUCGUCCUGCAGGAGACCAUUGGGAAAGGUCGCUUUGGUGAGGUCUGGCGUGGCAAGUGGCGGGGGGAGGAUGUAGCUGUGAAGAUCUUUUCCUCCCGGGACGAGAGGUCCUGGUUCCGGGAAGCAGAAAUUUAUCAAACUAUCAUGCUCAGGCAUGAAAAUAUUCUUGGCUUCAUUGCUGCUGAUAACAAAGAUAAUGGCUCAUGGACCCAGCUCUGGUUGGUGUCAGAGUACCAUGAGCACGGCUCCCUGUAUGACUACCUGAACAGGUACACAGUCUCAGUGGAGGGCAUGGUUGUUUUGGCUUUGUCUGUAGCCAGUGGACUGGCACACCUUCACAUGGAAAUCAUUGGCACACAAGGAAAACCCGCGAUCGCUCACAGAGAUCUAAAGUCUAAAAAUAUUCUUGUGAAGAGGAAUGGAACGGCAGUCAUCGCAGAUUUGGGCUUAGCUGUUAAACAUGAUUCCAGCACAAACACCAUAGACAUACCGUCUAACCACAGAGUGGGCACUAAGAGGUACAUGGCUCCAGAGAUCCUGGAUGAGUCGAUCAACAUGAACAACUUUGAGUCAUUUAAGAGAGCAGACAUCUAUUCGCUUGGCCUGGUGUUCUGGGAAUUAGCCAGAAGAUGCUCUGUAAGAGGACUUCAUGAAGAUUUUCAACUGCCUUACUAUGACAUGGUGCCUUCAGAUCCAUCCAUUGAGGACAUGAAAAAAGUUGUAUGUGAUCAGAAACUCAGACCAAACAUUCCCAAUCAGUGGCAGAGUUGUGAGGCUCUGCGUGUGAUGGGAAAACUAAUGAGAGAGUGCUGGUAUGCCAAUGCUGCUGCGCGACUGACUGCGCUGCGAGUCAAGAAAACUGUGUCUCAACUGUCUGCAAUCAAAGACAUCAAAGACUAGUUUGGCUUGCUGCCCUGCAGAUCAUGACUGGUGCUGGCACUGGUGUCAUGAGAUACACCUGGAAAAAGCAGAAUUUGAAAUACAUUUUGUUUUUGUUGCCAAAGGUUUGUAUAAAGUGGGGCAUCGGUGGAAGGUUUCUGUAAAGACAUUGAGGCAACUGACAUUCCUUUUUAUAGAAAGAGCCAUGCGACAUAAGUCAUGUUAAAUGUGAUUUUUUUGCUACCUCAACAUUUGAAGUGCCCAAAGCUUGAAGUUGCACAUUGUUGUGUUUUUGUGCCGUUGUUCUUUUCUGUUUGUUUUAUUUGCUAUCAGAGUGCUGCUGGGUUGUCGUAUUGCUUAGUGACAAUCUCCGGAAAUAUCUUCUCAUCUUAAGUGUUUACUGACACAUACAGAUUUUCCCUGAAAAUAUGAAGUGUUUUUGCACAGGUAGAACAUCUCUCUUGUAUAGAUUUUUGCUGAAGGUUCUGUGAAAGGGAACAUAGUAAUACUGUAUAUUUACAACUGGAAGAGAUAACGUGAGUGUAUCUAAGCCUUUUCAGAAUGUAAACAGUCAACUAUAUAAGAGUAUUUAUUAUAGCCUGCUCAGGAUGGAAAUUUAUUUUUCAUUGGAAAAAUAUUUUUUCUUUGUGGGCAAAUAAAGCAUUAGAGCUCUGACCCUGCAUACUGGAAUAUGUUUUUAACUCAAACAAGGAGUUAGUGACUGACAUGAACGCUACCAAAGAGCAGGUUGAAAAGAAUUAACCUGGAUUGGUAAACUAGUAGAAAAUAAAGACAACAACCUUUACAAGGUUCACUUAAUUCAGUCUAUCCAUAUAUAAAUACAUUAUAAAUAAA